AUGCAGUCCCUCGUCGCAAGGUGCGCUACGAACAACUUCAGGCGUGCAGCAGUGCGCGGCUUUGUGUCGUCUGCCGCGACACGUCAGGCAGUGCCGACGGAGAAGCCGGUCCUGAAUAAGGAGUUCAAGAUCUACCGCUGGAACCCAGAUCAGCCUGAGAAGAAGCCGGAACUUCAGUCCUACAACAUCAACCUGAACGAGUGCGGUCCAAUGGUUCUCGAUGCCCUCAUCAAAAUCAAGAACGAGAUUGACCCGACACUGACCUUCCGUCGGUCGUGUCGAGAGGGCAUCUGUGGUUCAUGCGCAAUGAACAUCAACGGCCAGAACACCCUCGCCUGCUUGUGCAGAAUUGAUCGAACUGAGAACAAGGACUCGAAGAUCUACCCUCUUCCGCAUAUGUACAUCGUCAAGGACCUCGUCCCGGAUCUGACACAGUUCUACAAGCAAUACAAGUCCAUCGAGCCGUACCUGCAGAACGACAACCCGCCCGCGCAGGGCGAAUUCUUGCAGUCGCCGGAGGACCGCCGCAAGCUCGACGGGAUGUACGAGUGCAUCCUGUGCGCGUGCUGCUCGACGUCGUGCCCGUCGUACUGGUGGAACCAGGACGAGUACCUCGGCCCCGCCGCGCUCAUGCAGGCGUACCGUUGGAUCGCGGAUUCACGUGACUCGUAUGGCCCGCAGAGGAAGGAAAAACUCCAGAAUGAGAUGAGCUUGUACCGCUGCCACACCAUUUUUAACUGCGCUCGUACCUGCCCGAAGGGACUCAACCCCGCCGAGGCCAUCGCGAAGAUCAAGCUCGAGCUCGCCGCCGACUGAUCCAUCACUCUCUAUGAUUGAGGGCACUUAUUCGUCGAGUCUGGAGGCGCCAUAGGACUUGGUGAUACUGCUCAGUUGGCGAGGGCGGCGGGUCGCUUCGUACGUGCAAGUGGGCAUUGGUGUACGAGGUCUUUUUUCGGUCUUCCCUUCUCUUCCUUCUUAAUGCAUUAUAUGGAGUCCAUCAGUCGCACAACC